ACUAAAAGUCAAAAUAGAAAAUAGUAAUAACCUGUUUAUCAUCAAUGAUCAUUUUAGAGAAUUUUUAACUCAAUUUGCUACUUAUUUUUAUCGUUAAACAAUGUCUUAAGCUCUAGUUGGUUUUGUCUUUUGAUAAAUAGUAAAAUCGUCUUGAUCCCGUUGUUAGUAAAUCGAUAAUAUAACUGUAAACCAUAUGGAAUGUGUUGUUAUAACAGUGAAUAAUUAACAGUUACUUGAAGAAAAAUGUUUUCCGCUAUAAAAAGGCUUACUAGUAAGGGUGAAAACUCCGCCAAUAAUGUGCCAACAUCUAGAUCCUCCAGCCACCAGGCUAUGUCAUCGUCUUUGCAGAAAAAAUUUGCAAGGGGUGUACAAUACAACAUGAAAAUAGUGAUAAAAGGUGACAGAAAUGUUGGAAAAACCUGUCUAUUCCACAGACUACAAGGGAAAAAGUUUGUUGAAGAGUACAUUCCCACAGACGAAAUCCAAGUGACUUCUAUCCAGUGGAACUACAAAGCUACCGAUGAUAUAGUGAAAGUAGAAGUGUGGGAUGUUGUAGAUAAAGGAAAAAAGAAGAAACAUUUCGAGGGGCUAAAAUUAGAAAAUACCCAGUUGGAAGUAGAGGAGGAACAUGCAUUAGAUGCAGAGUUUUUAGAUGUCUAUAAAGGCACUAAUGGGGUGAUAAUGAUGUUAGAUUUGACCAAAAAUUGGACUUUUGAUUACGUCCAAAGAGAGUUGCCAAAAGUUCCAGGCCACAUACCAGUGAUAAUAUUAUCAAAUCAUUGUGAUAUGUCGCACCAUAGAUCAGUUACUGCAGAACAUGUAAAUUAUUAUAUAGAAUCCAUUGCUGAUACGCGCUCUGCCCAAGUGCGUCAUUCAGAAUCAUCGAUGCGCAACGGCUUCGGACUGAAAAUUCUCCACAAAUUCUUCAACCUACCCUUCCUCCAGCUUCAAAGAGAAACCUUACUAAAACAAUUAGAAAGAAACGAAAUGGAAACGACAGUGACAAUUCAAGAAUUAGAUAUGUAUUGCAGCUCGGACGAGGCAAAUUACGGGAAGUUUUUGGAGAACUUGGUGAAAAAACGAAGGGAAGUUGCUGAUUCCAACGCGAAUAUUCCUCAGCCGCAGGUCAAACCUCCAACCAAUGUUGGUGGAACUGACAUGAAAAGGUCACAAAGUGCUUCUAUAGUUAUUGGAGCAGGUAAACCAAUUCCUUAUGGAAAUACAGCGUUGACUGUUCCAAAACAGCCAACUCCUCAGAUAUCCAAAAGUUCCAGCAUGAGUUCCGGUUUUGUUUCCAAAUGGGGACCGGAAAAUCGUGUCGUGGACGGUAUUCCAGAUAUAAAAGGUUUAGAAAUUAGUCCUAUAAAGUCAGUUGAAGAAUUCUGCCCGGAUAACGGACAACUGGGAGGUUUUCUAGAUGAUGUGCAUAUCAAUGCGCAGGUUGAGGCUAAAGAAGAAGGAGACUCAGGAACCGACACCGAUACUGGAAAUCCUCUAGUAUCCGAAUUACAGGAAGAUUUCGAUGAAGAUCUAGCAUUCUCAAAACCAAUGAAGCACGUCAAGAAAGUCGAAUCGCCCUUCACAGCACCAUCAAAACCUCUCAUCAAAUCAGACGAAAGCAAAGAGAAUGAAGUAGACAAAAGCAUUCCAGAGGAUUAUGAUAUGAAACAGACCACAGACGAGUUUGAUUCCACGAUUAACUCAGAAAUAUCAGAAUUAACUUCAGACGCAUACGAUGCAUGGAUGGGGGUUGAUACUAAAUGGAGGAGAUCGCCGGAAGGUGGUGAAGACAAUUCGGUAGUUAGCCAAACAUUAGAUUAUAGCAACAGUACAGUCUACGAUGACAGUAAUAGUAUCAAUUCUUCCAACGUUCACAUGGAACUGCUCAGUUCAAAGACCAGUUAUCCAACAAAUCCCAGUGGACAAAGCGAUGGAGAUGAUGCAAUGUCGUCGGGAUCGUUAAGGAAAGAGAAAAAAGAAAAAGAUAAAUCUAAGACUGAAAGAAAACACAAGAAGAAAAAAGACAAGGAUAAAGAGAAGCACAAAGACCCCGAUAAGAAAAACAAAAGGCGUUCUCGCGACGAAGCUUCCCAUUCGCACAGAGACGAACUAGAAGAAUUCCUCAACGGUACUACGAGUCCACCCCUGGAGGCCGACUACGAGGCCAUCUAGCAUAUGUCCGUCUGGAUGAAAUUCAGAUACGCAAUGAAUGUUUAAAAAGAUGUUUAAUCAAUUGCUCUGUUAUAAAGUAUUGCAUUUUUAAAGCUUUCGGAUAAUAUCCUCUUAAAAAAAAUUGCAAGAAGUUGCAUCAAGGUCUAAGUGGUUUUUCUUUUAAAAGUUUUAUUUGCAAUGAAGCAAAUAUUAACCAAAACAGAAAAUGGCAAAGCUUUGUUUUGUUGUUCGUUCUUUUAAAUAUUUCUGUGUGUAGUCAGUUGGUUGGUUGAAUAGAUUUCGCAUAAAAAAUUAGAUUUUUCUAUUUAAAUGAUAUUUGUACUGAAUUGUCGCCAUAUAUAAGAGCUGGAAUUUCAGUACCUUCAAUAAUCAAUAGAUAUCUAGCUGAUUGCACUGAUUUUUCAACUAUAAACGCCAAUCUCAGACUUCGAGUGUAAAAUCAUGUGCUGCCAAUGCAGCGGGGAAAAACGUUGACAAAGGCGUCACUUUUUAAGCUUUGCGACAUUUUUUAGUACUGACUAGUGAAUGGAAAUCUCAUCUCUAUUCGGUACUAGAGGAUUUGACGAAGAGAUAUUGAAAGGUAUAAGCUUCAAAAAGGAACAAAAUCAGCCAAAAUGCAUUGAAAAUCGUUGUAGAAGUUUUGAAACCGAUCAAAAUAUUGUUGUAAACGCUUCACGCUUUGCUUAAUACUUUCUUUAGCACUGCAUGGUGAUUAGAAACCAUAAAAGUGUGUUGGAAAUGUUAAGCAUACCGCGUUUGAAGCGAUGAAAAACGUUGAAAAUACAUUGAGUCGUUAGAAAGCGACGAAAUUCCGUUGAAAAUAGUGGUAGAAUUGAUAAAAAGGAGCAACACCGUAAUACAACGUUUUCUUUAGUACGUACUAAAUAAUGGUAAGAAAUGAUUGAAAAGCGUUAGAAUCGAACAGGCGUUAAAAAGGACGAAACAACAUUGAAUAUCAUUAAAAAUCUUCGAAAAACCAUGAAAACAAGCUAUGUAGAAGGCUGAAAAUAAAUCAAAAACUGACAUGUUUUUGUCAGCAAUUUGUUAGGUAACUUGUUUUGCCACUGUUCAACAAUUGUUCGUCGUUUCUGAUGGUCAAAACGUUUUGAAAGUCUUAAUGCUUUAAAAUUUCUAUUAACCACUUUUUUAGUCGUUCUCUACCGUUUCACAAUGUUUGUAUUCUUACUUUUUGGACUUCCCUCGUAAACAUUGUAGUUAUGUAUAUUGAAAAUUUUAAAGUAAUAAAAUACCUAUUUCAGACUACUAUAACCCCAAAACAGAAAGCCAAAAUUCGGCGAACUAAACUUUUAAGCGAAAAAUCACUUAUAAACUUAAUGUAACCAAUCUUGCACACUGCUGAUCCACUGGAUCUUUGUACAAAUGCCAUUUUUCAUAUUUAUACAAUUUAAAUCAAAAUAUUUAAGAGGCAACAGUAGCGAUCAACAGGUAGCAACAAACGCGGUCCAAGAUUGCGGCUGUAAUUUUAAAUAUUUUGUUGAGAUAUUUGGCACACAUAUUCGUAAUAUAAUAAAGAAUGGCGGUACAGAGCCCAAUUCGAGAAAUAUGUUAGUAUAUGGAAAUUAUGUACUCUGUAAUUAAAUACAAUAUUGCAAAAAGGAGCCUGUACCGCCAUUAAGAACAACAAAAAAAUGAACUUUCUUCAAAUAAACUUUUUUAGCCCAUGUCUAGAUUUUGUGUCAUAUUGGACCUAGUAAAAUUUUUUAUCUCUAACAAGAAAUCGAACAUAUUAUAACUAAAUAACUGAUUAGUCAACAUAGAGAAAGUGUCACUGUCAUUUUGACAAACCUACGUCAGAUUUCUGUUCUGUUAUCUGCAGCGGGAUUACGGACACUCGAUGCGAGAUCGCAAAACGAACCGUAGGUAAACUCGAUGCGAAUACGCAUCGAAGCCAAAAAGUGAUUACGAACUGGGUUCGAGUAGACUGUCAGAAAAUGAUCGGCAAUUAUCGUAUUUUUGAACCUGCGGGAUAAUAUUUCGAACAAAUGGAAUGAUGUGCACGUUAUAUGCCAAGCUCAUUAACCUCAAUAAUUAUUACAAUAGAAUAUAAAAUAAAGUUUUUAUUACAUAUUUAAUUGUUAUAAACGAUUAUUUUAUAUUCUAAGGAUGCUACAGUGAUAACGUGUACCUAGAUAUAUAAAUAUAUAAUUUUCGAACUUGAGUAGAAUUUGAGAUUAAUUAUGAUUUUUUACCGUUAUUAAAGAUUAAAUAGCCAGGGAAAGAUGGGAGACGUUAUAUAAAAAUAUUACUAAAGGUCGUAAUAGUCACUGCUAACUACCUAUUCCCUUCAUUGAAUUUUGUCUCAGAGCAUUCCUUAUCUUACCUUUUCGCCAUUAAAUCUUACUCUGCAAAUAUUACAAGGAUAAAAAUUAACCAUGGACGUUUCCUUCACAUAUUUUUAAAAUAGGAAUAAGUAUUAGAGAACUUCUGUCCGUGUAAUGAGUGUAAUAACACCUCACUGGGAGAUUUAAACAAUAUAUUUUUUUAAUGUUCAAAACAUGAGAAUUAUUAUCAAAAUCGUAUAAUCUAAAUAUCGUUUGAUUAACGAUACACAUUAUUUUUAAACUGAAGAAAUCAAAGUAUGAAGUAAGUAGGUCAUGUCGUUAUGUAUUCACUUUUCUUAAUUUUUAUACUUGGAUCGGCAAGAGAGAAAGCGUUAUAGGAGAUCAGCGAUCUAUCAGAGAGAGAUAGAUAGUUCGAGUUGGCAACUCGACAGGGUCGUUGGUAUCGAGCAGUGCCUUCGAGUUGACUCGCAUCGACAACGUAGGGAAAGAGGUUUCGUAAUCACUCCCUACGGUAAAACAUGGCGGAUACGAUGCGUAUCGAGUGUACGUAAUCCGGGCCCUGCAUAGGGAUUACGAACACUCGAUACGAAUUGUAUUGAGUGCAGAUAAUGGAACAGAAAUCUGACGCUGGUUUGUGAAAAUGACAGUGACACUUUCUCUAUGUUGACUAAUCAGUUAUUUAGUUAUAAUAUGUUCGAUUUCUUGUUAGAGAUAAAAAAUUUUACUGGGUCCAAUAUGACACAAAAUGUAGGCAUGGAAUAAAAAAGUUUAUUUUUUUAUUCUUCUUAAUGGCGGUACAGGCUCCUUUUUGCAUUAUUUUAUUUAGUUAUAGAGUAAUUUCCACAUACUAACAUAUUUCUCAAAUUGGGCUCUGUACCGCCAUUCUCUAUUAUAUUACGAAUGUGUGUGCCAAAUAUCUCGACAAAAUAUUCAAAAUUGCAGCCGCAAUCUUGGAUCGCGUUUGUUACUACCUGUUGAUCGCUACUGUUGCCUCUUAAGUCAAGCAUUCGUCAAUAUAAGAAUUAGAAAUUGUCAAUUUGAAGGUUAGAAAUAUUAUUUCAUAUUAUUUACUUUUCAAUACAACAAAUCGAACACUAAUAAAAAUACUAAUAAUAGUAUAACAUUUUUUUUGGAAAUAUAUAAACUUAAGGCAGUCGAUUAAGAAUUUAACUUGAACAAAAAUCAGUUGUAGACAUGCGAACUCUCAGAUACAAUCCAAGUGAAAUUCGCAGUGAAUGAAUUAAUCACCGCCCUUAGUCAUAUUGUUCUCUUUGUUUGAUAUAUUCUGUUUUAUAGGGACAAGCUCCUUAAUUUCAUGGUUGAAGAUAAUGUGAAUAAAAAAAGGACAUCAAAUAAAAAAUAAUACGUGAAUAAUGCCAUACUUGUGCAAAGAUCCAGCAGACAGACUAUAUGUUAUCUAACAAAAUUCUACUUGCAAAUGAAUAUUUUAAUGUGUAUUAUGUGUAAUAUUUUAUCUUUUUAUUUUAUUGUAUUUUUUAUAUUGUAUUCCUUAUAGAAAAAAAAGUUUUGCUAGACAAUUUGAUAUUUUCUUAUAUUUGAAGUAAUUUGCUGUAUUUUUUGUAUUUUCACCAUGCUAUAGUCCGUCCCACCUUGACUUUACAGUAAAGGGAACAUAGGCAGUGCAGUCCUUGAGAGUUUUUAGCCCGGUGAUGCCAAUUUUAUCAAAAAGAAUUUGUAAUCGAACAUUAGGGAGAUUAAAUUAAAACUGCAAUUUUAGAAUUCAUAUGCGUAAUAACUAUAGUAUAUCAAAUAAACUUAAACGCAUACGAAUCCUAAAAUUGUAGAUUGCCUUUUUAAAGCAGUUUUAAAUUAAUCUCUCUAAUGUUCGAUUACAAAUUAUUUUUGAUAAAAUCGGCAUCAUCGCGCGAAAAUCUCUCAUACUGCUGCAUUGCCUGUGUUCCCUAUACUGUAAAGUCAAGUUUGGACGAACUAAAGAAGCAUAUCAGGAAUUUUUUUGUAACAAAAACAUUCAUUUUAAUUUUCCAGCAUCCAAGUAAUCCAUUGUUAGAUAUAUGCCUCCCCAGAUUUUUUCCAAUUUUUCGGCGAUUACUGGCAAAUUUUGCUCUAUUAUCUUCUGUUCUAAUUAGUUCUUCGUAAUUUAACCCUGUCCAAUGUCGUAUAUUUCGGAUCCAAGAAAGUUUUCUCUUCCCAAUCCCGCCUUUCCUUCAAUUUUGUCUGUUGUUGUGAGUUGAGGUGGAAAUAUUCCUGAUUCCUUAUUAGGUGUCCAAGGUAUAAUGUUUUACUGACUUUAAUGGUGUGGAAUAGCCGUCUUUGCUUAAAAGAUCGAGAACCUGUCCAUUGGUUAGAAGGUGUCCAGGGAAUUUUCAAUAUUGUUCUGUAAGACUAUGUACAUCUCAAAUGCCUCCAUCUUGUCCAUGGUUGAAUUUGUAAGAUUGCGCCUCUGGCUUGUUUAAUUCUGCAUUCAAUCUUGAGAUUCGAGUCCAGUUGGUUAUUUAUCCUGCUACCCAGGUCGCCACUUUGGUCUUAUCGCUGUUUAUUUCCAUGCAAAAUUAUAUUAUAGUUGAGUCUGUCAUCAAAAUUAUAUCAUCUGUAUAUCUUGCCUAAUAUCUUAAUUCGGUUAAUUUUUAUACAUCCUUGUAUGUCUUCAAACGAUUUGCCGAAGAUUGCUUCAGAGUACAAAUUCAAAAAUAUAGACAACACGUAGCCAUGUAGUUUGUCAUGUUGUUUAUCAGACUUGAUAACAGGUUGUUAUCAAUUCUUUUGCUGUUUGCUGUCAGUACAGGUUUUUAAUUAGUCUUACGCCUUGUUGUCUAAUCUCAUAUAAUUUAGUAGUUAUAAAAAUUUGUCGUGGUCGACUUUAUCAAAGGCUCUUUUUAAAUCAACAAAACUUAUUUUCUUUGAUGACAUUUUGUUUUUUGCAUUACUUUUAUGUCCAUGUGACCAUUAUACACAUUAUAUAAUAUUUCUUUACAAAUUAAUUGUUUAAUAUAAUUCAAAAAUAUAUAUCCAAAAUUGUGAUAUUCUGUUAUAGUUUUGCGAAUUUAUUAUGCUUAAUAGCAUAACUUUACAUAUUGGAAACUUUUUAAAAAAUGAAACAAAUUGCUUUUUAUUUGUGGGACUAUUAAGACUGGUAGUUUUAUUUUAAACAACAGAAUGACUAUGUCAUUCAAUAACGAAAAGAUCUGUAUGUUUCAUUUUGCAAAAGUUGUGUAGAGAGCAUAAAAUGACAGGUGGGACAAACAGUAAAAGAUUUAUAGAACAACUAAAAGAUUUAAAUUUUGAUUCUAUUUAUAGGAUGAUAUACACUAAGCAUCAAAAUUAACGCACCACCUCUUAUUUCCUAAAUCUGUUGUCCGAUUUUAGUGAUAUGUUAGAGCUUUAUUCUUUGAGAAUAUCGAUAUAAUAAUACGGUUGCUAAACAGAUAAGUGUCGUUGUAUACCGGGUAUAACAAUGAUAGUGUGUUUUUUCCUCAAAGUUUGAAACACCCUGUAGAAUAUUCUAGCUUAUAUAUAAUAUUUAAAUUAAAACGCAACUGUAGCCUUAGGUUUUCUUAACAUUUUGCUUUUUGACUCAUUCACUUGUGUUGGAUAAUAAAAAAGUUAGGUACUUUAACAACUGGCAACGUUCUUCAUCAAUACUGGGUGUUUCUAAAUAAGUGCGACAAACUUUAAGGGGUAAUCUGCAUGAAAAAAUAAUGAGAGUUUGCUUUAUAAACAUAUGUCCGCAAAUGCUUCGUUUGCGAAAUACGGGAUGUUGAAUUUUUUCUUACAAACUGACGAUUUAGUUAUUGGUCUAAAACCGGUUGAGAUAUGCAAAUGAAAUUUAGUAGGUUUUAAAAGGUAGUUAUUGCUCCUUUUUGGCAUACAAUUAAGAAUUUUAUAUUCACCAUUGGCGUGCAUACGGGUAAUAUGACCGGGUAAUAUGUCCCGUAUGCACGUCAAUGGUGAAUAUAAAAUUCUUAAUUGUAUGUCAAAAAAUGCGCAAUAACUACCUUUUAAUACCUACCAAUUUAAUUUGCAUAUCUCAACUGGUUUUAGAGCAAUAAAUAAAUCGUCGGUUUGUAAGAAAAAAUUCAACAUCCCGUAUCUCGGAAACGAAGCAUUUGCGAACAUAUGUUUAUAAGGCAAAAGUUUGUUGCACUUAUUUAGAAACACUAUGUAGUAAUGAAGAACGUUGCUAGUUGUUAAAGUACCUAACUUUUAUAUUAUUCAACAUACGCGAAUGAAUCUAAAAGCAAAAUGUUAGGAAAGCCUAAGGCUACAGUAGUUUUAAUUUCAAUAUGUUAUAUACGCUAGAUUACUCCACAGUGUGUUCCAAACUUUGAGGAAAAAACACACUAUCAUUGUUAUACCCGGUAUACAAUGACACUUAUCUAUUUAGCGACAAUAUUAUUACAUGGAUAUUCUUGAAGAAUAAAGCUAUAACAUAUUAAAAAAAUCACUAAAAUCGAACAACAGGUUUAAGAAAUACGAGACAUCAAAAGUGUCCCAUUUUUAAGGUUAAUUUGGAUGCUUAGUGUAUGAUUUUGAUCCAUGUCUAAUAAGUGGAAAUAUAAUGCUAGUGUACGUCUAUGGAAUUAUCUAGGCCUAGGAAAAUGAAUUUCAUUUUUCUACAGGUUAUAGCCUUCAAUAUUCAUGCGGAUAUAUUGAUGUAUGGAGGAUAUAUGAUUUUGAUCUCUUUUUAAUUAAUAAGUGGAUACGUCUAUGGAAUUAUCUAGGCAAAUUAAUUUCAUUGUCAUACAGUUUAUAGCCUUGAAAAUGUAUGCAUUCGGUUGUUGAGAACAAGCACAAACUCAUUAAAACAAAAUUGUAAACGUAAAACUACUGAACCCUUCGUGGGUGGAUAAACCAAGAAAUGCAGCUAAAAGUGCUAAAAUAUGUUAUACUAAACCUUUUACUAUUUGUCACUUUGUACAUGCGUAGUUAAUUGUAUCUAAAUCCUUUUUAAUAAGGCUGGAAAUGUUUAAUGACAAUUAUAUUUAGUUGGAGAUUAAUUUUAAUUUAGGUAAAUAGAUAAGAAACCGUGCUAUUGGUUCUUGACUGUUAAUAUGUUAGCUUUGGCCAGCUACGUGCAUACGAGGUAAAGGUUAGCGGUAGGUGCUUCUUACGUGUUACCAUUCUAUGAAUUGUUGGGUAUGUGCUUAUAAAGAUAGAAAUAUAUGUGGGAUUUACUGGAUAUGUACGUAGUUGGUACUACUUACUUACUCUUAGUCGUUUAUUUGUCAAAGUUAACUAUUUAUGUUUUUAUAUUUUAUACAUAUGAUGUGUCGUUAAAAUAUAAUCGUGAACAGUUUUA